GCGGAUACCCAUGGGGCGAAUCUCGAGUGCUAGCGGGCGGCCAGAGUUGACAGAACUCAAUGGCGUCUGCAUUCUCGUUGCUUCUGCUGCCGUUGGUGUUGCCGUUGGUGUUGCCGCUGGUGCCUGUGGCGCUCCGCUUCACGAGAUUGGCGCUCGUGCUGGGAGAUGCUCGCGCUGGCCGUAGGCGGUGGAACGGCUUAAACGACCAGUGGACGACAAACGGGGCGCGCGUUUUGCGCUGCAGCCAGGCGCUGGGGGGAGGAACAAGCAGCCUUACAUCCGCCGGCGCUGCGGAGGGUAUCCUGUACGCACACCAGCAGCAGCAUCGGGUUCAGGUUCAUCGCGAGGCAAUCGAGGACGGACAGGCUGAGAGCGCAAAAGGGAAACAAGGCACCUGCCACCCUGGCUCGUUAAGCUUACUAUGA